AUGACAUACGUAGGUCAAAACAAUAAAUCAAACCAAAUGACAAAACAAGCAUUAAAAUGUAAACCAAAAUUAGUUGCAUUUAUGUACUACUUCUUCUUCUUGUGUGUCUUAUGCUUUCGUCUUAUGUUCAAUGUCACGAUGAACCGCAAUGCUGCCAGCUUAAAAGAUGUACAGUCCCAGGUUUUUCCUAAUGGUCGCUUAUGA